AACGUACAAGUAUUCUAGAGAAUAUCUUCUCAACAACCAUCUUUUUUACCCCGAACCACCACAAACUGCCUUUGCUCUUGACAUUGAACCCAUAAGUUAUCCUGACAAAUGCGACUUAAAGCAAUUACAUAUGGUUUCUAGACACGGAUCAAGAUAUCCAGCUCCAGAUAAUAUUAGAGGUUUUGACGAAUUGGAAAAAAUAUUUGCCAAUGUUACUGUCGCAAAAGAAUGG